CGCAGUUGAACGCUGCAGCUGAACUGCAAACUUCUGAGUGUGUUGGAGGUUCGACGACAUCGGACCGAAGGAGCUAUUCUUUUUUUAAAUAGUAAUAUUUAUAAAAACUCACUAGCUCUAUAAAGUUUCAAUAUUACGGACAAUUUUGCAGUUUAUCUUAAAACAAAAUCAAAAGCGCGAUAUUAGCACCAGAAGGAGCAACACUCGUACAUUGGUCGACCGUCUUCAUUAUUUUACAGUUAAAUCAACAUGGACGCGGAAAAGUCAAGUAGCAGCUCGUUUGAAGAUCUUUCGAACCUCAAUGAGCAAGAACGGGCUGAAAUGAAUUCCUCCACGGGGCAACAACAGGAUGUAACAAACAAUUCCCCAAAAGAAGAAUAUAUGGACAUUCUCGGCAAUGGAACACUACUGAAAAAGGUAUUGAAAGAAGGCCAAGGCGAACGUCCCGAGGGUAGAGACAUUGCCGUUAUAAAUUAUACUGGCCGGUUGGAUGACGGAACCAUCGUUGAAGAGGAGCGAAAUGCCGUUGUUCAAAUCGAUGAUGUAGAGGUGGUACAAGGACUGGACAUGGCAUUGAAGCUAAUGAAUGUUGGCGAACAAGCCGAGGUAAUUGUGAGCUCAAGGUUCGCGUAUGGUGAACAAGGCUUGAAAGAUGAGGACCGUCCGGAUCGAAGCGUACCGCCGAAUGAGAAAAUCACCUACACCGUGGAACUAGUAUCGACUAAGGAAGAAUCUGAACUGGAGACUAAAGCCUACGCAGCACGGAAGGACAUCGGAAACAAGAAACGUCUGAGGGGUAACUUCUGGAUGAAACGACAGGAGUACAAUUUGGCUAUUCAAAGCUAUCGGCGAGCGUUGGAAUAUUUAGACGAAAGCGAGGGUGGUAUUACGAAUCCUACGGAGAGUGGGAAUUUGGAGCCAACGAACGCCGAACUCCAAGAGCUAUUAGAAGAUCGCAUGAAAGUUUAUAACAAUCUGGCUUUGGCUCAGUUAAAGAUUGCCGCCUAUGACGCUGCUCUGAAGUCAGUAGAACACGUUCUACAGUGUCAGCCAAAUAACGCAAAGGCAUUGUUUAGGAAAGGAAAGAUCCUUGAUGCCAAAGGGGAUACAAAAGCGGCAAUAUCAUUCCUUCAGAAAGCGGCAACUAUCGACGAAGACGACAAGUUGAUUCAAUCUGAACUUUCUAAAUUAAUUGUAAAAUCGAAACGCGAAGCACGCAACGAGAAAGAUUUGUACCAGAAAAUGCUGGGACACGCGCAGAAGCUGGAGCAGAAAACGAAAGCCACACCUGCCACUCAUAAUCGGGAAACUUCCAAGCUCUGUUCUUUCUUUCAGUUCAAGCUAUGGGGCUACCUCAUGGGUUCCAUUCUAAUUGGCGUCGCAGGCGUGGCCAUCUAUCGGUACAACAAUAGGUACUUUUAGACUUUGUCAGGAUUAUCGGGACCGUGCUGCAGAAACUCGUCAAAAUUAGAGACAAAGCUCGCGAUUGAUGAUUUUUUUUUAUAUGAAAAUCAUUUCGUUUAAUACUGGUAGCCAGCCGUAGUGCGGAAUGGGAAUCAUCACAUUUACAUGUACUUCGUCAUCGAUAUGAAAUUAGGUUUUCAGUCAGAUAGCUAAUCAAUUAUCUACUGCUUACUUAACACUGCAAGCACUUGGAAAUCAUCUAUCUACAUACUACUCAAGAAUAAAAAGACAGUGAGCCUCUUUCCAGAGAUGAUCAAAUUUUAUAAUGAAGCAUUUUUUAUUAUACGUAUUUGUUUUUCAAACUGCAAAUAGAAAUGAGCUUUUUACCGAUUAGAAAUAUCGUAAAGAUCUUAUUUAUGAAACCUCCCAGUAGAUUACUUUAGCAUGUCAGUAGCAGCAGUAGUAGUCGAAUAUUUGGCUAGGGGUCGUUAUAUGUCAUUCCAAAGUGCAGGUAUAGUGCGUAAUUUAACGUAAGAGUGCGAAGCAAGUUUAGAUUUUUCAGUUUUUUUAUGAAACAAUAAAUUAAACUAUUUACUUAACUGUA